ACGUCCCCGAGUCCAUUUUGAAGGCUUGCCCGACAAAUGGGUUCGUUAGAGUCACCGACGAGCGCAGCAGAGAACGGCUCUACGAUUCCAGAUACGCGUCCCGGCGAACAAAAGACCGCUUCCGGCGACGGAGACCCCGCUUGGAUGACGCCGGAAUCGGAGGCGACGAGGAGGCGGAGAGCGUCUAUGCUACCACUCGAGGUGGGUACUCGCGUCAUGUGCCGUUGGAGGGACGGGAAAUUCCACCCGGUCAAAGUCAUCGAACGGCGCAAAAUGCAUACCGGUGGCCCCAACGAUUACGAGUAUUACGUCCAUUACACAGAGUUCAAUAGGAGGCUUGAUGAAUGGGUGAAGCUGGAACAACUUGAUCUCAACUCUGUAGAGGCUGUUGUUGAUGAGAAGGUGGAGGACAAGGUUACAAGUUUGAAAAUGACACGCCACCAGAAGCGAAAGAUUGAUGAGACUCAUGUAGAGGGCCAUGAAGAGCUUGAUGCUGCGAGCUUGCGAGAACAUGAAGAAUUCACAAAAGUGAAAAAUAUAGCGACUAUAGAACUUGGAAGAUAUGAGAUUGAGACAUGGUACUUUUCUCCCUUUCCACCAGAAUACAACGACUGUUUGAAGCUGUACUUUUGUGAGUUUUGCCUCAAUUUCAUGAAGCGUAAAGAACAGCUUCAAAGGCAUAUGAGGAAGUGUGAUCUUAAGCAUCCCCCUGGUGAUGAGAUAUAUCGAAGUGGUACAUUGUCAAUGUUUGAGGUUGACGGCAAAAAGAACAAGGUCUAUGGGCAGAAUCUUUGUUAUUUGGCGAAAUUGUUUCUUGAUCACAAGACCCUUUAUUAUGAUGUUGACCUGUUUCUGUUCUAUAUUUUGUGUGAAUGCGAUGAGCGAGGAUGCCACAUGGUUGGUUACUUUUCCAAGGAAAAGCACUCAGAGGAGUCUUAUAAUUUAGCAUGCAUCCUCACCCUUCCUCCUUAUCAAAGGAAGGGCUAUGGAAAAUUUUUAAUUGCCUUCUCAUAUGAGCUUUCCAAAAAAGAAGGUAAAGUCGGCACACCUGAGAGACCCCUUUCUGAUCUUGGGCUGUUGAGCUACAGAGGUUACUGGACUCGGGUUCUUCUAGACAUCUUGAAGAAGCACAAGGGCAAUAUAUCUAUCAAGGAGCUUAGUGACAUGACAGCAAUUAAGGCGGAGGAUAUUUUGAGCACCCUUCAGAGCCUUGAACUGAUUCAGUACAGGAAAGGGCAGCAUGUAAUCUGCGCUGAUCCCAAGGUCUUGGAUCGUCAUCUAAAAGCUGCUGGUCGUGGGGGCCUGGAGGUUGAUGUUAGCAAACUGAUAUGGACUCCUUAUAAAGAACAAGGUUGAUGGUAUCAAAGUCAUCCAGAUACUUGCUGGCAACCUUGACAUGCAACUGACCUCUGCUUGUAUAAAGUAGGCCUUAGGGUUUGAAAUUGGGGAUUUCUUCCUCGACAAUUAUCCAUGUUGUGACAUGUAUGUAUGUAUGUAUAAAAAAUAAUAGUAGUAUACUCUUAAAUCCAUAGAUGUAUGUAGGCUACAACUGAUUCUUUGAAUUGAUUCCAACUUUUUAGUUCCCUA